UGUGAGGGGGAACGAACACCUGUUGCCGGCGGGGGUUCGAACCGGAACAAGCAGAAAAAGACAAAGUAAAAGAAGAAGAAGAAGAAGAAGAAGAAGAAGAAGACUUGACGCUCGUAUUUCAGGUGAUUUGCGGCCCCUCGGAGUUCCGAGCUCCGCCUCCCUCAGAGUGACCCGCAGGUCCGUGAGGCCGCUGCAGGUUUGGAGACAGAGGAACGGACGAAGGAUGCGCUUAUUUUUAUUUUUUUAAACCUAACAAGUCAAAGCAAACAGGAAAUCUCUCAGCGGCCGCCGGUAACCGAUAUACAGAACCAAACAGCCGUGAAACUCUCAACCCACUGAGCGGUUCCCCAGAGGACGCGGUACCGGUAGCUCUCAGCAGCACCUGAGCCCAUCGCGAAGGACACGUUCGGAGAAUUUGAUCAAGAAACAAUUGUACAGCCGGGGGCCCUUUUUUUGGAAUCUUUUACCUUCAAGUGGUGAUUGAACAUGCUGCAGGUUGCGUGAGCGACAGAUAUGGGGUCCGCGAGAUCACAUUUGCAGACUUUCACAGGGGUGGCACUUCUUUGCCUAUUUUGGGCCGCCGGAGGCGCGAGGCCGGAGGUGCGUGGAAAGGUCGGCGGCGCGGCGGAGCUGGACUGUAUUUUCCCUCCAUCGGAGCCGACGACCGACGAGCCCUCGGCCUCCCUGCACGUGGUCGAAUGGAUCCGACGGGGCCUCGAUAUCCCCGUCCUGAUCAGGUUCGGGGCCUACGCGCCUCGACUCCACCCACAAUAUGAGGGCCGGGCGUCUCUGGUGCGAGUCACCGACCUGAGGCUGGAGGACCUGCGGCUGCAGGACGGGGGCGCGUACGAGUGUCGGAUCCUCUUAUUGGACGAAGCCUCGGAUGAGCUGCAGAAUGCCACCUGGACUCAGCUGUCUGUCACCGCCCCGCCCACCUUCACCGAAACCCCGCCUCCUGCGCUGGAGGCUCUGGUCGGAAGUCACCUCUCUCUUGCCUGCGUUGCUAUCGGCAACCCGACCCCAACCAUCACUUGGCUAAAAGAUGACAGUGUGAUUCCAAGAAUACAUUAUCAGGAAGGAGCCUUAUCUCUGAGAGAGGUGAGCGUGAGGUCAGCGGGACGCUACGCCUGUCACGCCUCCAACGCCGAGGGGAACGCCACGCGCACGACCGACGUCAAGGUCAAAGGUCCACCUGUCAUCGUCAUCCCUCCCACAAGCACCGCACUCAACAAGUCCCAGAAUGCACUUCUGCGGUGCCAGGCGGUGGCCGACCCCCCCAACAUGACGUACGUGUGGCAGAGAGGAGGAGAGAACGUCCACCACAUCGAGUCUCUGAAGUCGCGAGUGAAGAUCAUGGUAGACGGAACUCUACUCAUCACCAGUCUCAUCCCCGAGGAUUCUGGGAACUACACUUGCUUGCCGAGCAACGGCCUGCUGAACCCGCCCAGCGCCUCGGCCAACCUCACCGUCAUGCACGCGGCCCUGGCUCUCCCGAUGCCCCGGCGGACGUACCUCCCCGCCGGCAUGGAGGGCGUGGUCACGUGCCCGUCGGCCGCGCAGCCGCCGCUGCUGCGCGUGGAUUGGACGAAAGACGGGGAAUCACUCGACCUGUCUUUGUACCCAGGAUGGACCUUGACACCCGGGGGCUCUCUGCUCAUGACCACGGUCAACGACGACACAGCCGGCGUGUACACGUGCACGCCGUACAACAGCUACGGCAGCGCGGGUCCGUCCGGCCCUACGGACGUCAUCCUGCAGGACCCCCCGUCAUUCAGCGUCGCUCCAGAGAAGCAGUACAGACGGGAAGCUGGCGGGACCCUGCUCGUCCCCUGUCGAGGGAACAAGGACCCCACAAUGAAAGUUACCUGGAGCAAGGUCGACUCGGCCCGACGCACCUCUUACUCCGUAGAACCCAACGGUUCUCUUCUCCUGCAGCCGCUCGCGAAGGACCACCAGGGGGCGUGGGAGUGCAGCGUCGCGAACCGCGUGGCCUCGGUGAAAGCCGUCACGCGAGUCUUCGUCCUGGGAACCAGUCCCCACGCCGCCACCUCUCUGUCCGUCUCCCCGGGGGUGAGGCAGGCCAACGUGUCCUGGGAGGCGGGCUUUGAUGGAGGAUCGGCGCAGACAUUUUCAGUUUGGGCGAAGAAGACUUCGGAUGGAGAUGACGACGGGAGGCGGGACUGGUUCUCCGUGACCGUGCCCUCCUCCUCCGGCUGCGGCCUGCAGGUGACGGGCCUGUCUCCCGCCACUGACUACCAGUUCAGCGUCCUGUCUCACAAUAAGAUGGGCACCGGGCCCUUCAGCGAGAUCGCCGCCGCGCGCACCUCGGAUCCUCCGCCGAGGAGCAGCCGGCCGGAGCCCCCCGCGGCGCUGUCGGCUCAGCGGGGCUCAGCGGGCGUCGUCCUGCGGUGGUCCCUCCCCGAGGCCCGGCGCCCCCCCGUCACGGGCUUCGUCCUCCAGUCCCGCACCGAGCCGGGGGAGUGGGUCCUCCACCUGGACGAGGACAUCGGCGCCGACAGCAGCGAGAUGCUGGUCCCGGGUCUGCGCAAGGACUGCGUGUACGAGCUGCGGCUGCUAUCUCGUCGCGGGGAGGUGCUGAGCGAGCCCAGUCCAUCAGUCAAUGUCUCCACCAUGGGGAUGGAGAUCUACCCCGCCACCUCUCGACUCCUGGACCUGGUCCCGGAGCCGCUGCUGGCAGGCGUGCUGGGCGGGGUCGGCUUCGUGUGCCUGGCUCUGGCCUUGCUGCUGGGGGCCGCCUGUGUCAUCAGCCGCAGGAGGGACCGGCGUCGCAGGAAGAAGCUGCACGAGCCCCCCUCUGUCAUCUAUAAAUGUUCCUCAUCAAUAAAGGCUUCCGGCGCUGGCAGUCCAGACAGUGUGUUGAAGACGAGCCUACUUCCAGCCAGCAUCCUCUACCCCACCACUUGCUCUACCACCACCACCUCCUCGUCGUCGCAGACGGACUGUUCCUCCUUCGGCGUCGAGAGUCGUCACCAUCACUAUCGGCGAAAGCAACUCCCGUCGUCCGUCUACGGCUCAGGCCGCCUCACGAGGACGACGUCUUCUCCGAUUCCUUCCCCGAUCGAGAUGAUCUCCAGAGGCCCGGAUGGGCGCUUCGCGCUCCUCCCGUUCGGCCGCGACGCGCAGAGUGUUGACAUCGAGGAGAGCGGAGGAAGGCACGGUCGAGCUGGAGUCCGAAGGUCCGCGUCGGUGCACUCGGAGAGGGAAAACGGGAAGCAUCCGGCGUUCGUGCUCUCGGUGGAUCUCCUACCUUCCGAACCAGCAGAGACCGAUUCCGCAGGGCAAAAUCUCGGCAUGGUCCGAGGCCCAUACAUCUCGGACCAGAAGGCGGACCGCGGCGGCUUUCUGGACUUCAGCAGCCUGGGCUCAAACAGUAGUUUGGCCACCAUUUCUCAUCACGACCGAGGAAUAACUCCCACGUUCCCCGUGCUCCCGCACAUCCGGUCGGGCCUCGGUCAGCCAUCCACCAACGCCAGCGCCCUGGUUCUCCAGAUGGAGCACGAGCGCGAGAGAGGAAACCUGAGUCACUGCCUGAAGCUGGCUCAGGAGCGGGAGGAGCUGGAGAGGGAGCUCCACAGCUACACUCUGGAGAGGGGCUCCGCGAGAGACAUGAAGAGGGAGCACUCCGGCGAGGUCGGCGGUAACAAGCUUGUGUGGGAAUAUAGAAGCAGCACGUUACCACACAGAUACCCCCAGGGCAACAAGGAGAGCUUUGGUCUGUCACAGAGUUCUUUCUCUUCCUCUUCUGUUCAUUGGGGCGUCCGCCCACCUCUCACUCUGAUCCCGGCCAGUUCCUCUAGUUUCGAGUCCGGCGACUUCCUUCGUCCGCUCCAUCCUUCCCCGAACAAACCCCCCUCCUAUCUCGGGAGGCGGGCAGCUUUACUCUCCCACAUCCCUCCUCAAAGCAUCAGAGACAUGAAAGGGUCGAGGCAGCACCAGAGGGCUAUGAUAAUUCGCCACAAUCCACAGUCUUAG